AUGGACGUUGAGGAGGUCGAUCUUUUCCGUGGCUGGCCCAACCCCGCCUUGCUGCCCACGACGGCCUUGGCUGAGGCCUCAGCCAAAGUGCUGGCCACCCCGGCCAUUUGGACCCCGGCCUUGAUGUACGGCCCGGAUGAAGGGUACCAGCCGUUGCGCGAACACAUCGCUCGCUGGCUAACGACGUUCUACCAGCCACGCGACCGCAUCACUCCCGAACGAAUUUGCAUCACGGGUGGCGCCAGUCAGAAUGUAGCCUGUAUUCUGCAGGUCUUUACUGAUCCCGUCUACACGCGCAAUGUUUGGAUGGUCGCACCCGCCUAUCAUCUAUCUUUUCGCAUAUUUGACGAUUCCGGCUUUACUGGUCGCCUGAGGGCCGUUCCCCAGGGUGAUGCGGGGUUGGAUUUGGCCUAUCUCCGACAGGAGCUGCUUAUUGCCGAGGAGCGGGCAAGGAGGGAAGAUAAUAACGCACCGAACUACAAACCUACUAGGCCAUGGGGUAAGGUUUACAAGCAUGUCAUCUACACUACCCCCGCCUUUUCCAACCCGUCAACGCUCACCAUGUCCUUGCCUGAUCGGGAGAAUCUGGUUCGCCUUGCGCGCGAAUUCGAUGCCUUGAUCAUCGCCGAUGAUGUUUAUGACUUCCUUCAGUGGUCACCAGACCCCGCCAAGACAUUAUCGCAGCCCAACAGGGCACAUCUACCCCGUCUGGUGGAUGUGGACCGGUAUCUGGACGGGGGACCCCAGGAUGACUGGGGUAAUGUGGUGAGCAAUGGAAGUUUCAGCAAGCUGAUUGGGCCCGGUAUGCGGACUGGUUGGGCGGAAGCUACCGAGAAAGUAGCAUAUGGUCUGUCGCAAGCAGGCUCAAGCCGGUCCGGAGGUGCGCCGUCGCAUAUGUGCGCCGCUAUCAUUGCGCAGCUGUUCCCCACGGGGAUUUUACAGGAUUUCGUAGGCGAUGUUCUGCAACCGGCGUACGCCCGCCGCUAUCACCGGAUGAUGUCUGCCAUACGUGAGCAUCUUGUUCCCCUCGGCGUGGGACUGCCUCCAGUUCCUGAUGUCGCAGGGGGCUACUUCAUCUGGCUUCGACUCCCACACCCAUUACGGUCGAGCGAGCUUGUACCCGUCGCACUGCGCGACCAGAAGUUGAUUGUAGCGUCUGGUAAUGUCUUUCGGAUAGAUGGAGAUGCGGCAGGGGACAAGAAUGAUUUCGAUGACGGCAUGCGCCUCUGUUUCGCGUGGGAGCAGGAGGAUAAACUCGAAGAGGGGGUGCGUCGACUUGCAUCGGUCAUUCGUGGAGCCCUCAAGUAA